AUGAGGACUGCCCUGGUCUUGGCCUGCCUGGUGGGGAUGGCGUGUGCCUUCUCGGUCAAGAGCUGGCUGCGGCGAGCCAAGUCGGACGACUCAGAAGAAAACGCGGUGUUCAAGAACAGGCACCGGUAUUACCUGUACAGAUACGUCUAUGUGCAUCCCCCGCAGCGAUGGUACCAGGGCAGUGACUCAUCGGAGGAAGAGGGAGAUGGCUCGGAGGAGGAGAAGGAAGGCGGGGAGCCAUUCCAUGCUGGCACCGAGGCAGCUGGCCACCCUGCCGGAGCAGCCCCAAAGGACACCCAGUGUGGGCUGGGAGGAGAUGUCGUAUCCCCCCAGCAGGACAAGGGCUGCCAAGGGCCUCUGAAGGGGGGCAGGAACAGUGCUGCUGGCAAGGGGGGUGACUCCGAAAACGAAGACAGUGAUGAGAAUGAGGAGGAGGAGGAAGAGGUAGCUGAGAACGAGAAUGGCAUCAAUGGCACAAGCACCAACACCACCAAGGGGGCAGACGGACCUCAUGGCAAUGGCACCUCAGUGGCUGAGGAGGGCACUGGCAUGGCCAAGGAGGAGGAGGAAGAGGAGGAGGAUGAAGAAGAGGAAGAGGAGGAGGAGGAGGAGGAAGAGGAGGAAACUGAAGCUACCACCAUCGCCAGCACCACCAGUGAAGAGGGCCUGUCCCAGGCAACCACUGUGGGAGAUGGGGAACCCACGGACACUACCACAGCUGGGGACCAGUGGGAGUAUGAGGUGACAGCUGGGGGCCAUGGCCAGGGGCACGAGGGCACCACUGAUGGCAGCUACGGGGAGCAGGACGAGUACACCCGUGGGGACAGCUACAGGGCCUACGAGGAUGAGUACGGCUACUACAAGGGGCACGGCUAUGAUGUGUAUGGCCAGGAUUACUACUACAGCCAGUGA